AUGCUUCCCAUGCUGAAAAGCACAGAAAGUCUGGCAGACCUUGAGCCAGCAUCACGACUUCUAGAAUCACUCAACGAAGACUUCCCUCGCGUCGCAGAUAGAGUGGAAAUACGUUCAUUCUUCGAGAUGGAGAAAUCAAAGGUACUCACAAAGCUCGAUUAUGUCGUCCCAAAACAUUCAGCUCUCCUCAACCACAAGAAUGAGUUAUGGUAUGGGUUGGAAGCAGACCAUAGGGGAAUGUGCAAGUAUGACAAGCCCACCGAACUAAACUACAAAACAGUGCGAAACGCUCUGUUGGCUACUACAGAGAAGUUUGUGAAAGACUACAACCAUCGCAAUGAAGCCGUCCAGAACAAAAUGCUGAAAUCACUAAGUGAUUUCUUGGACAUUCCCGGGCCACCUGAAGAUGAGUUCGAACAUCACUACCAGUCAUGUCUCACGGACAAAUCAUGCACAUGGUUUACCUCCGGAGCACCCUAUCGCGCGUGGCGAGACCAAAAAAACCAUGAGGCUAACGCUGAUUCACUUAUACCUAACAUUACCUUGGUUGAAGCCGACCCUGGGGCCGGGAAAUCGGUUCUCGCUGCACAAGUCAUCAACAACUUGCGAAGCCUGAACUAUGAAUGCAGCUACUUCUUUUUUGAUUCUCAAGACCGCCAGACAUCGAACUCCAGUUAUCUUAUCAGGUCGUUGGCAUUGCAGAUGGCACUACUUAGUCCAAGCAUUCGGCAAAGCGUGCUUGCACUACAUCAGGAUAAAACUACAAUCUCAGAGGAUAGUGACAAAUCCAUUUGGCGAAAAGUCUUCACGAACGGUAUAUUCAAGCGCCGGCUUGAUCAACAGCAUUACUGGGUUAUCGAUGGCCUCGACGAAUGCCAACAGGCUGCUACUAUUCUGGAAAUGGUGUUGAGAAUCGAUCCAGAUGUCCGUCUAAGAGUCUUGAUGACGACACGUCCAGGAGAGAUUUAUAGGGAAAAAUUACCUGUCGAAAAAGUCACGCGGUUGCGUCUCUCGAAGACUGACACGUUUGACAGCAUGUGUACCUACGUCGAGCAACGGAUGAGACAUUUGAUUUUGCCCAGAGAGGAAGAUAGGGGCGCAAUCAUCAGAUCCAUUCUGGACAACGCGGAUGGAUCAUUCUUAUGGGUAAAGCUGGUAUUAGACGACAUCAUGAAAGCAACCGGCCCCACGCAGAUCGAGAGCGCCAUUAACAGCAUUCCAAAAGGCAUGGAUAGGCUUUACACCGGCAUAGUUGAAGGCCUUAAGAAUGAGAUUCCAAAAGAGGAUAUCCCUGCAUUGAAAGCAUUUCUGAACUGGGCUCUCUGUGCUAACCCACCAUUGACUGUAGAGGAGCUGCAAGCGGCGCUUGGACUAGAGAGAUUCCACCCUUUCAUCGACAGGAUGUGCGAAAAGACCCGGAACUUAAUCAUCAUUGAUCACAACAAAAGGGUACGUGCCGUUCACAAGACUGCCAGGACAUUUCUCAUGACAUCGGGUAUUGAAUCCGAUUUUGUGACAUCCUCCAAGGACGCCCAUACAAGAAUUGCAACUUUGCUUGUCGAGCACCUACGGCUGCGCCUGCGCAAUAUUCGGAAUGCAGAUCAUCUAAAGGUCUGGUACCAUGAGAAAGCCGGGCUUGAUAACUAUGCACUCCUCUACUUCAGCGAACACCUUCGUAGAACACCACCAAAUCAUCACGACGUAUUCCUCAAAGUUGCAGAAUUCUUCAAUGAAUGUGGUAGGAGCUGGAUAGCAGGUAUUGCAACGACUGGUUCGCUGAAUCCGCUUAUCAAGGCGUCUCAGAAUCUCCGACAUUGGCUCCAAGUCCGAGCUCGGAGCACACCACCACUUGGUGAGUUAGCUGGGAAGACAACACAGAUGCAACAAUUGGCUGUGGAUCUCGUUAGGCUUGUGGCAAAGUUCGGCAGACACCUGUUGGAGUUUCCAGGCGCCAUGUACCAAAUAGUGCCAUCCUUUGUCCCUCGGGAAAGUGUUCUAUCUGCCUCCAACGUCCGGUCCCGAAAGGGUUUGAAACAGAUCUCAGUGACUGGUCUCAGCAAUGAGAAAUGGGAUGAUCGUCUCUGUAGCAUGUUCUACCAAGGAUCUACCUGCACAGCAGUUGCAAGCGGACCCCAUAAUUUCGCGGUUGCUUUGAAGAAUGGAACCGUACAUAUUUACGACAACAAUACGCUGCAGAUAUCCACGAUUGUGCGGCAUGGCGCUGUUGUCAAACUACUGAAAUACGACGAAACAGGUUUGACGCUACUCUCUGCUGGUUUUCGUCGAGUCAGGAUGUGGAUGGCAGUGGGAGGGGCCCAGAUGUGGGAAGUGGCGGUGCGCGACCCUUUGUUGGCAGUCGAAUUCAUUGAAGACAAUCGUACAAUCAUAUCUGUCUCGUCACAACAUAGAUUGACCAAGCGAGACGCUGCCACAGGUAUAGAAAUAGGAGUCGUUGAAAGAAGGCUAAAUCUUGAAUCCGAGGAAAAAGAAGGAGCGCUCCCUCUUUUUCGACGCGAGCUUCAAUAUGCUGAGUUUUCGGCGCAGGCUGCGAUGCUUGCAACAAUGCAGCGAGAACGCCCGAUUCAGAUAACGGAUAUCGAGGAUCGGUAUGACAUUGGCAUAGUCGAGCUCGAAAUGAGUGACGAUGGUGACUACAGUACUUUCGAACAGCCAAUCACUGCAAUGACGUUCUGUGCAAAUAUUGAUGUUGCACUGCUCGCUGCUGCCUACCGAGAUGGCACUCUCGCAGUCUUCGAUCGUGACCUUGGUCUGAUUGAGAAAAGAGGAGACAGCAGGGCGAUCAGUCUUUUGGCUGGAUCUCCUAAUGGUCUGACCCUAGCUGCUGCAACUGUCGAAGGGGUCAUCACGCUCUACGACUUUGAGCAGUUGAUACCUUUGCACAUCCUUUUCACUUCUUCCAUCGAAAAUAUACGAUCUCUCGUCUUCAGCGGCGACGGCCAGCGCAUCGUUGACAUUCGUGAUCGGCAGGCAAACCUUUGGGCUCCAGCAGCUUUGGUGGCCCGCGUAAAGGAAGAUUCUGACAGUAUCUCAGAGUCAACACUCUCUCCAACCAUCGCUACAAGUGAUUGGACCGGUCUCAAAGAUGGUGUUGGGGAGAUAACAGCUGUUCUUCCGAUCACAAACUCAGAUCGAUUCUUUUGUGGCCGCGAAGAUGGCAGUAUCGUCAUUCGCAGUACAACUAACCCCACGCAGCAAGAUUUGCUUUACACGGGCCCAGAUAAACUGUGGGUUGGGAAGUUGGUGUGGAAGUCGAAAAAUCGUGUUCUGACUUCUAUCAGUGGCACAUCGACUGUUACAGUCUUAGCGCUCACCGCGGAAUGGUCGGUCAGUGCGGUGCUUCUGCGGCAUUCCUUUCUAGACCCAGUUCUCCAAGUGCUCUUCCAAGAUACCACAGAAUGUUUACGCAUGGUUGUGGUGACUACAAGAACGGUCAGCCUGUGGUUUGCCGAGUGCCACCUGACAGAUCAGUGUACUUUAACACAGAUGAUAAUCAAACCAUUUGAUGGGGAUGGGAUUUUUGUUAAGGAUGCGAGUGACCCAAUUGUUGCCAGUCAAUAUCUCACCCUCGUGGAGCCAGAAAAGCUUCGAAAUUACAGCUGGCAGGACCUCGGAGAUGUCGGAUCUCGAAAGCCGAUUUCGUUCUGCCAGACGACCAGCGGCUCCCCACAGGAAUCGACCCAAGGCCAUCAAGAAAGAAUUAUAACUUUCGAUCGCGCGACCAGUUUAUCAGGGGGCAGCCACAAAAUACUCCUUCGCUCCGUUUCCUCGAGCAACACAGCAUUAUCACCUUCGGCCUCAACCCCAAACAAAGCGCCUUUUCGGAAACGCUGGGUCCUGGACAUCGCUCAAGCCAACUCCGCCGCCGCCGAGUCUCUCGCAGAACCCACUAGCACACCUGGCAUAGGAGCUCAUGCCCAGCUACUGCCAAUAAGCCACGUGAUUGAGCACGUGAUUGGCAUCCGUGACCAGGGCAAGCAGCUAAUAUUUCUUUCCAAAACCCUCUGGGUGUGUUCUUACGAUCUUGGGCUGCCUUCCAAUGUGCCUAAACCGAGCUUCUCGAGGAGCCCGUCAAGAAGUCGCCACGGCAUCGAGUACACACGCCACCUCUUUAUUCCCGACGACUGGAUCAGCAGCAAUUACAGCAACGCCACGAGUGAGCUACUGUUUGUCCUUGGUGGUGUUGGGGACGACUGCCUGAUCUUUGUCAAGAAGCACGAGGUAGCGGUCAUCAGGUUUCCAUUUUCCUAUGCAGAGAAAAUUCAACUCCCCUAG